AUGGUUCUUGAGGAAAUGAAGUACUAUUUUCAUGGUUCUACAAUCUAUCACUAUAGGAUGGAUCGCUUCUCCAGGGAAUCGGCCAAGAUGGGUGAUGUGGCUAAAGAUCUAACUGCUGGGACUGUUGGAGGGGCAGCACAAUUGAUAGUUGGGCACCCUUUUGAUACCAUCAAGGUCAAACUCCAAAGCCAGCCCGUUCCACUUCCUGGCCAGCCUCCCAAAUACUCGGGUGCUAUCGAUGCUGUGAAGCAAACAAUAGCUGCAGAAGGCCCAAGGGGUUUGUAUAAAGGCAUGGGGGCCCCACUUGCCACUGUAGCGGCCUUCAAUGCAGUUCUCUUCACAGUUCGGGGUCAAAUGGAGGCAUUAUUGAGGUCUGAACCCGGUGCUCCUCUUACAGUGAAUCAGCAAGUCGUUUGUGGCGCUGGAGCUGGAGUUGCUGUGUCUUUUCUGGCCUGUCCUACAGAAUUGAUAAAAUGCAGAUUGCAAGCUCAGAGUGCAUUGGCAAGUGCUGAUUCAGCUGUUGUUGCUGUUAAGUAUGGUGGACCAAUGGACGUGGCUAGGCACGUUCUUCAAACAGCAGGUGCGCGGGGUUUGUUCAAGGGAUUGGUUCCCACCUUCGCACGUGAAGUACCGGGAAAUGCUGCUAUGUUCGGUGUGUAUGAAGCCCUUAAAAACUAUUUUGCUGGAGGACGGGACACUUCUGAAUUGGGACGAGGUUCACUAAUGUUAUCCGGAGGAUUGGCUGGAGCUGCGUUCUGGGUUUCUGUUUACCCGACUGAUGUGGUCAAGAGUGUAAUUCAAGUUGAUGAUUACAAGAAUCCUAAGUUCACGGGCUCUAUUGAUGCAUUUAGGAAGAUCUUAGCAUCUGAAGGAGUCAAAGGCCUUUACAAGGGUUUCGGGCCUGCAAUGGCUCGAAGCAUUCCUGCAAAUGCAGCGUGCUUCUUGGCAUACGAAGUCAAACUCCAAAGCCAGCCCGUUCCACUUCCUGGCCAGCCUCCCAAAUACUCGGGUGCUAUCGAUGCUGUGAAGCAAACAAUAGCUGCAGAAGGCCCAAGGGGUUUGUAUAAAGGCAUGGGGGCCCCACUUGCCACUGUAGCGGCCUUCAAUGCAGUUCUCUUCACAGUUCGGGGUCAAAUGGAGGCAUUAUUGAGGUCUGAACCCGGUGCUCCUCUUACAGUGAAUCAGCAAGUCGUUUGUGGCGCUGGAGCUGGAGUUGCUGUGUCUUUUCUGGCCUGUCCUACAGAAUUGAUAAAAUGCAGAUUGCAAGCUCAGAGUGCAUUGGCAAGUGCUGAUUCAGCUGUUGUUGCUGUUAAGUAUGGUGGACCAAUGGACGUGGCUAGGCACGUUCUUCAAACAGCAGGUGCGCGGGGUUUGUUCAAGGGGUUGGUUCCCACCUUCGCACGUGAAGUACCGGGAAAUGCUGCUAUGUUCGGUGUAUAUGAAGCCCUUAAAAACUAUUUUGCUGGAGGACGGGACACUUCUGAAUUGGGACGAGGUUCACUAAUGUUAUCCGGAGGAUUGGCUGGAGCUGCGUUCUGGGUUUCUGUUUACCCGACUGAUGUGGUCAAGAGUGUAAUUCAAGUUGAUGAUUACAAGAAUCCUAAGUUCACGGGCUCUAUCGAUGCAUUUAGGAAGAUCUUGGCAUCUGAAGGAGUCAAAGGCCUUUACAAGGGUUUCGGGCCUGCAAUGGCUCGAAGCAUUCCUGCAAAUGCAGCGUGCUUCUUGGCAUACGAAGUAACGAGGUCUAGUUUAGGAUGA